GACAAAUAUGAAAUAAGAGAUAAGCAAUGGUAGUAAAAGACAAGAGAUAAAUCACCAGCUAGAAGAUCAACUGGGAGACCAAUAAAAUGAUGGUUAGACAAUUUCUGCAACCCAAAAAUCUGAAACUAAGAACUAAGGGCAAGGCAAGUACUUAAAAAAGAACAGUAAGAAGAAUACAUAAAAGAUAAGAGUUCCUUGUUUAGCAGAAAAGGCAGCUUCAACAUUCGAAAAGUCAUUAAACAGUAAUAUCCACCUUUUGGAUGGACUGGAACUGCUUAGAAACGACCAAAAGAUCAACCCAAGGAGAGCUAAAUCCCUCGAUGGUGUACAAAGACUUUUUACAGCAGUCUCAGAUUUCAUCGACACCCAUUCUUUUUCCAUUGAUUUAACACGUGGUCGAGCUUUGGACGACGAUGAUGAAGAAUACGAAACCGAAGAAGCGAAACCAAAAAGAGGAGGAGGAGGAGGAGGAGGCGGUGGUUUUGGUGGUGGUGGAGGUGGGGGAAUGUUCAACAGAAAAGCUUUGAAGAAAGAGAGAAAAUAUUACCAAUAUGCCUUUAUGGUACUCUUGGGCAUUUUUGGUCUAACUGGUCCACUGUUCAUGAAAAUCCUCGGCAUCAUCGCAGCCAAGUCCCUCCUAGCCGCCAAAGCUGCACUUAUAAUAGUCGGAGGAGUAGCCCUGAAAAAGAUUUUCGAAAAUAGUAAACAUCAACCCAAGGUGAAAGUGACCACGUUACCAAUCCAUGGUCACGAAAGUGAAGAGGAUCACGACAGGUUUGGUUACAGCUUUAACCACAUUCCUUAUGGAUAUGGGGCUUACGGUAAUAAUCCGUAUCAUGAUCCUUAUUCAGCGCAUUAUCCUGUUUCAAACAGCCUUAGCGAUAACGAACAGUUUGCUCCAGUUUUCUAUGGAUCUCAGAAGACAAAAAGUUAAU